AUGCACUCCACCCAAACCAUCACCACGUUGGGGCUAACAACAUAUCUUUUCGGUCUUGCAGCCGGCGCCCUGAUUACCGCUCCCCUGACUGAAGUAUAUGGCAGAAAGCCAGUUUCGCUCAUUUGCAUGUGCAUGUUUGCUGCUUUCAUCAUCCCAUGUGCUCUUUCCGAGUCUCUGGCAAUGCUUCUCGUCUUCCGGUUCCUGGCUGCCUUCUUUGGUUCAGUCAUGGUCGCCGCUUCUCCUGGAAUGGUGUCCGAUAUGGUGACUGAGAAAAACCGAUCCUUGUGCUUUUCUAUCUGGGGUUUGGGCCCUCUUAGUGGUCCAGUCAUUGGCCCCAUCGUCGGUGGAUUUGCAACGCAGUAUUUGAGCUGGCGUUGGGCGAAUUGGCUCAUUUGCAUCGCCGCAGGCUCUGCCUUGCUCGUUUCAAUUUCUAUGCGCGAGUCCUAUGCACCGAUCAUUCUUCAACAAAGGGCAGCACACCUACGCAAGAUAACCGGCGAUCGACGCUGGUGGUCUCGGUACGAGUCUAAAGACGGGUUGGUGAAAACCCUGAGAGAUAGUAUAAAACGUCCCAUUGUUAUGGCCGUUACAGAGCCUAUCUGUAUUUUUUGGAAUCUGUAUGUUGGAGUAUUGUAUGGAAUCCUCUAUCUUUCUUUCACGGCCUAUCCGGUCGUAUUUGGUCAGAUUCGAGGCUGGUCGUCUAGCAUCUCCAGCCUAUCCUUCUUGGGAAUCGGACUCGGCACCAUCUUGGUUAUUGUUUGUGAGCCCGUCAUCCGUAAGUUGACCGACAGCGACUCGAAAGAUCCAAAACGCAAGGUGCCACCCGAAGCCGUCGUAUCGGCUAUAUGUGUCUGCUCUAUCCUAGUACCAAUUGGCGAGCUAUGGUUUGCAUGGACCUGUACUCCCGCUUCAAUUCACUGGAUCGUCCCUAUCCUCGCGGGCGUGCCGUUUGGCGCAGGCAACACAGGCGUCUUCAUCUAUGCAUCCAGCUACCUCACCCGCAGCUAUGGGGUUUUCGCUGCCUCUGCCAUGGUGGGAAAUUGUGUGAUUAGAACUAUGCUUGGUGGCAUUACCCCGUUUGUCGGCACGUUCAUGUUCUCUGGCAUCGGCCCCAACUGGUCUGCCACAAUUCUGGGUCUAAUUGAAGUCCUUCUAAUUCCUAUUCCGCUUUAUUUUCUUAAACAUGGACGCAAGAUUCGUGAGAAGACUGCUAUGAUCGCCCAGCUGACGGCGGAGAAUGAAAGGUUGGGUGCAGGUGGCGGACAGGAGAGACAGGAAGGACAGACGGAGACAGCUGAGGUCUAG